AUUCGCAUGACCACGUCUGCAAGAUGUACCCUUGCCGGCUGCGAAACGGUCCUUUCUCACUUCCUCGUCGAGACACUGAGCACACCCAAACAACCAGAUUUCCAGUCUUCAGGUUCGGACAUCUUGGGAAUAGAGAUAAGUCAUGGCACUUCAAUCUAUUCAUAUUCCCCAACCCACGCUAUCAGCCCUAUGAAGACCCUCACACAUCCAUAAGACGAUCGUGGCAUAUACCUACUUGCCUCCCCAGUUUCGCAAGCAUCUUGGCAUCCUUUGAUCCGUGCGACCGAUCGUCAUGCUUUCGAUCGUAACAAAACCCAUGCUCCAGCGCUCCGGCUCAUACUUCCACGAGAUGAUUCCACCGGAGCCUGAAAUCGAAGACCAGCAACGUUCGAUGCACAAACCACUACCCACUUCACAGAAUUCACCAAAAAGCGAUAUGUGUACAGUCAGGGUCUCAGCGCUGCUGACGCUGGCUCUCGCGGUUGUGAGCUUCGUGCUUACUCUGCUUGUCGUAUUGGCAGGCAAACGACCAGGGUCGCUCGAAGACAAAUACAUGCUGAAACUCAACGCAUCGCACAUCGGAGAAGACAUAAUCCGCUUCGAGCGCGCAUCCUCGACAGCUUCUGCUGCACCUGCGGCCACUACAACCUCCUCAUCAGAUCCUCUCAACCUGCUUAACCCCUUCUCUCCAUCCAGUCCUCUGAGCCCGAGCAAUACGGAUAACCCCCUUAACCAAUUGAACGACUCGCUCGAGCCUAUCAUAAGGAAUUUGACGAACAGCAUCAACGAUGUACUGGGCGAUGCUGUGAACGAAGUUAUAGAAGGCUUGGUAGAUCUAGCUGGGCUCAGCGACUUCUACUACCUGUAUACCAGCACCGUAUGCGAAGGCAACGCCACGGAUAGGGCGGGUGGGAACGCGGACGGCGUGAAGAUCGCGAGGUGUACGGCAUACAAUGAUGCCUCCGGGGGUCUCAGCGCACUCCUGCCCAAUAUACAAUCCUCCAUCGUCAUAGGCCGAACAAACAUCUCCAUCCCAAUCAUCGCACAGCUCACGCGGACUGUCGGCUCCCUCUCCUCGACUACAGGCACCAUUCUCCGCGCGACUAUCGCGUUCCUCAUCAUCAGCAUGAUCGGUAGCGGCUUGGCAGCUCUGCUCGCCAUUCCUUCGGCGCUCUUCCCCAUAUCGCGCCUCCUCGUCUACACAGUUGUCUUCUUUUCCCAGCUCUCCACUCUUUCGGCGUUCAUUGCUGCCCUACUCUUGACAGCCCUGAUCAAGACCGUCGUUUCCACUGUUGGAGGGUUAGGCGAUGCACUGAGUUUGUUCGUCAGCGAGGGGAGCGCCGUGGUGGUAUUUGCGUGGGUGAGCUGGGCUUGUAUGUUAGUCGUGAGUGCGUAUUGGACGGCGGUGUGGUUUGUGGAGAUACGUGGGUGGAGUUUUGUGAGAAGGCGGAGGAGCGGAGAUGAGGUUGGGAAUUGGAAAGGGAUGAGAGAGGAAGUAUGGAGGGAUUUGAAGGGGGGGAAGAGUACGUGAUGCCUAUGGGAGGACAUUUCGAGUACUGAUGAGGUGGGAAAACUUAACUCCACUGGUUGCUCCAUGCCAAAGCUAUAACAGACUACGUUGCGAAUUUGCAGACUAAAUGCGGCCGAAAAUUUAAUCAUAGAAACACGAGUUCUAUCGCUGCGAGUUGCCGGAGUCUGGGGGAGUGUGCUAUCCUGAGGAUCCUGUGCUGUUGGUUGGCAUGUGGAUACGUGUCAGUGGUGAUCCGUUAGAAAUUUGCGGAUUUUCAUGCAGGCGAGCUUUAUCCAGUGAUCCAUGUGGCAUCGAGUAUCGCGAUGGCUGCUUCGUUGGAGUUUGAGAGUCUUCGUGAGCAGGAGGAAUUUUUUAGACUCGUCCAUGUACGGAUUGAAAUUGGCCAG